UUUCCAAAAUCAGAAGAAGAGCAUCAUGAAAGUUAUUGUAGUAGUUCUCCUUUUCGUGGGUUUAGCUCAGAGCGAAAAAAUUUUAUACUCGCCGGAAUUUAUUCAAAAAAUUGCUGAUGCAAGGCUCGAAUGCGCCAAUACCGAGAAAGUAGAUGUAAAGCAGUUGGUGUAUUUAGACAGCAUCGACGGUUACCCGACCUUCGAAGAAGUUAAAUGCCACAGUUUAUGUAUGAUGAAUAAGUUCAAUAUAUUGAAGGAUGACCACACUCUCAAAAUGGAGGAACUCAAUCCGAUAUUCAAAGAAAAUACUUUGAAGAAUACUCUCGUCACUUUGGAAAAAUGCCAACCAGAAGAUAAGAAAUUUGAUACCUGCGAGAAAGCAUACAAUGCUCAUCUUUGCGUUCUUAAAAACAUAUAAAAAAAAGUGAUUUAUACAUUUCGUUGCAAGUAAAUAAUACUUUUGUAGUACUAAUAUAGAAUAUUCAACAUUUUUUUCAGUAUCUGUUGUUUAUUGAACUUUGUCCAAAUAAUAAACUUUUGGGCUACUUUAA